AUGGCCUGGCUUGCAGAGCAGGUGAAAGAACCAUUUUCUGGUGCUUGCGAGUUGGAGACGCAGAGCCAGUGCACAACACUUAUCCAUCUCCUCCCUCAGCCUCUCCCGAUGUUCUCCUCUGUCACUGCCCUUGGCAACCCUUGGCACCCCAUGACUGGCGUUGGGGAACGCAGCAAUGUGGCCUCAGAAAUGGAGGUCUUCCAGGCUGCGAAGCACUGGGUGAAAGCUGCACCUGCCCAACGGCUGGAGGCACUUGGGACGCUGCUGUGGCACAUACGUUUCCCACUGUUGACCCUUGAGGAAAUGGCGAAAGUCCAGGGAGAUAUAGUCAUGCUUGGCCAGCAUGUGGAGAUGGAGUGGGAAGACCUUGAUGGGGCUGGGAGGCUGCAACUGAGCGGAGGCCUCCGACAAGGGAUGUUCCAGGAACGGAUUGUGUGCAUCAAAGUCCCUCGACUGAGAGACAUCCUCUCCGUCAACGAGGAUAUGGACUGCUACAUGGAGUGCUUGAAUCCCGACACACGGUCAAGGGCAAAGCUGCCACAUUUAGAACUGGUGGCACUCCCUGGCUGUUCAGUCCUAGAGCACAGGUUGUACAUCUUAGGAGGAAAACACCCAGAUGGUUCCUACUCCUGCGCUUUGUAUGAAUACAGCUCCCUUGCACACCCCUGGGCCUGGCUCCCAGCUAUGUGCCCCCGGUCGGUACACAUGUUCUUAACUUGCAAGCAAAAGUUCUUCGCCCUGAGCGGCUGGAAUGGCACAAGCCCCCUUGCCUCUGUGGAGAGUUUCGACGUGGUCCAGCAAACAUGGGCCCUCAUCGCCAACCUGCCCAUUGUUCUGCGCUUCUCAGCCUCGGCCUCCUUCAAGAACAAGCUCUAUCUGAUAGCCGGGGAUGCUGACUCCGAUGAGGUGGCUUACCAGGGCAUCCUUAUCUACAACAUCCCCUUGGAUACCUGGGUGCAGGUGCCUCUAGAAUUCAGUCUUCAUGGUGCCUCUGCCAUCACCAUGGAGACAGGCAUCUGUAUCAUCGGGGGCUUCUUUUCCAAAAAGGUCACACCUUCAUACCCAAACAGGAGGUUCAGCCAGCUUCUUCCCUGUACCCACAAAUGCUUCUUCAUGCACGAUGCCGGCGUGAUAAGCAAGGAAAUCACCGUGCCUCCUCUGCUGCUGCCCCUGGCUUUUGCUGGUGCCACUUGUUUCCAGGGGAGAAUUUAUGUGAUGGGAGGACCAUUACCAUUAGGAAGGUUGAGAACCACUGCUUUAGACUGUGAUUUUGAGCAUUAAGAAAGUAAAAGGAUGGGGGAAUUGGAAAGUUUGGGAGAAAAGAAAGAGCGGUUGGUUUGGCAAGCCAGAGCAGUGUAGGUGGGGCUGGGAGGUCUGUGGGUGGGGUUCUCUAGAAGACCAAAUAGGGUUGUGUGUAUGUGUGUGUUUGUGUGUAGAGGGGUUCAUUUGGUUGGCUUAAGGGACCCAAAGACAACCCAGAGCCACUGGGAAGCUUGGCCAAAAGGAUGCAGGAAAGAGGUGGGU